UCCCAGUCACUGUGAGGGGCAGCAUGAGUGAUCCUUUGCUUUCUUGUUCAGUCCAUCUUGCCAGUGAAGAACUUGGAUGAGGCUUAGGGACCAACCAUUGUGGCCACUGAGCAGAAACAGCCCCAUGCUCAUCAGAGGGCAAGCUCAUCUUCACCAUCAGAAGGCUGGUGCUCACUCAGGGUUCUACCAGGAAGCACAUUCUUGUCUCUGCCUUCAGUUUUCUCUCUGUUUGCUGCCUUAUUUGUGCCAAGACCAGGAAUGAGAUUGAUGGUUAUGUGUGGGGAUGGGUCGGGAAAGAAGAGGCUGUUUUGGAGGACAGCUUUCCCUGUCCAAGGCACACAGUCCUCCACAACUGGGAACUUACAGGGCUCUUUGAAUAUGGGUUUUCUUGGCCCAGCAGAACAGGCCCACAUGAUUCACAUCAUCAGGGAUCAAAGAAAAGUUGCCUUCUGAGAAAUAAGGCAUGACCAGAUACCAUGUACUGAGUGCCACAGUCAACUAGAGUAGCUUCUUUUUGUCUUCUAGGUCAACAGCAUGAUGCAUCCUCAAGUCUUCAUUUCAGGCCUCAUACUACUUCUCCCAGCUGCUAUAGAAUCCUUCCCAGAAGUGCGUGGAGUGGUGGGUCACCCUGUGACACUGCCGUGUACUUACCCUGUAUCUUAUGGCAUCUCACCCACAUGUUGGGGCCGAUUGGCGUGUUUUACUAAUAAAUGUAAAAAUGUUGUUAUCUUGACCAAUGGAUACUACGUCUACUAUGAGAGGAACAAUCGUUACCACCUAAAGGGGCAGCUUCUUCGAGGAAACGUGUCCUUGACAAUAGAGAAUGUCACUGAGAGUGACAGUGGUUUCUACUGCUGUCGAGUGGAAAUGGCGGGAUGGAAUGGUGUACAGAGACUGACCAUCUCACUUCAAGUUCAACCAGGAAUUGAUCCAACACAGAACCCACCAAGGAUCAUGACUAAAGGCUUCUACAUUGGAAUCUCCAUUACCUUGCUGCUUCUACUUCUUGUGAGCACAACGGUUAUCACAACUUGGUAGCAUUUCGUGUCUGUAAGAUCAGAACUUUACAUAAUUCGAAGAAUGUACGACCACGAGUCCAGGAAAAUAUCUACAUUAUUGAAGACAAUCCUCCUGUCAAAGAUUAAGUUGCAGUGGAACACAGCAAUGAGAUGUCACCAAGCUGGACACCCCUUUAAGCUCCAGGACUAUUUUCUGUGUCAAUUCAUCGGGUGUUCCUGCUUUCCAGCCAUAGUGGAAAAGAUGAUCCUCUGCCUGGCUGGCCUCACUCUCACUGUUGAAAUGAUGUCCAGUCUCUCCACUCACCUCAGAGCCUUUUCUCCAACAUGAACACUUUAACAUUUUGAAUUUCCUUUAGACCCCACAAUUCUUUUGUCCAUAAAAGAAAAAUCAUUGGUAAUGCAGGCCAUUGACUUCUAUGUUGGUUACUAAAACCACCCAGCAGAGAGGAAUAGGAUUUAAAGGUAAAAAUAAAAUAAAACAAAAGGGGGGAGGGUGAGAUUUAAGUUAGAAGCACUUCAUGGUUAUGUCUUGUCUACUUACUGUAACUCAAAACGUCACUUAUCCUUACCAUCUCCAAGGGGCUCUAGUCAUGGAAGCUGCAGGUUUUACUUUACUCCAUAGAUGAACAGAAGAGAGUCUAAUAUCAUCAUUAGAAGUGUGCUACUUCCUCAUGGAUCUUGAAAUAUGAUGCAUUAUUAUGUGGUUGAUCUAAGAUAAGGAUGGGUGUUUCAUGUCAGGAGAGGUUGCCAUGGUGAGAAUGGACCAGGCAGACAUCAGGGAAGAAAAUAAUGGACCAAGGACUGAGUUCAUUAGUGCUGUUUCCACUGAAGUCUGACUUGGUGCUCAGUGUCCUGUCCUCACCCACUGGACUCUGAAUUAGGUGCUGGAAGGAGACAAUGAAGAAAUGAAGGGGGAAGUGGGGGCAGGACCCAGGCUCUCUGCCUGAGAGAAGCCCUGAUCUAGGAGUGACCGGGUUUAGGACUAUCACUGGUUUCAUUCAGAGUUCUAAAUGUAUAAUUGCCUCCAGAUUUAAAUUUAUUUCAGAAAGACAAAGCAUUUUUCAUAGUGGAUCAGUUCAUCACAAUCAAUGAAAUAUUUGGUUUUUCUAGAGUUGACAAAGGCUGUUGUAUUGACAUCUUCAUUAACAGUUUGGUUGUAGAGAAGGGCAGAUUGUCAAGAGGGUAUUAAUUUGUAUUUCAGUGUGAAUAAGUCCUGACUCCAGUUAGAGACACUCAGCCUGUAGGAGAGCAGGAUGCUGGAUCUCAAUACACAUUCCACUGCUGUUCUACAGAGUUCUAGGAAAUAAGUAUGUGUCUGAUUGGGGGUUUCUUCGGGAGGUCAGAUAAGGAAAGUUCUGUUGAAUGUUUGUUGAAUGGGGUUUCCUCACUUGCUCUAGAAAUGAUUGUAUUUAAACAACAGUGUUUUCUUUUUCUUAUGUUUGAGGCACUUAUACACCAAAGCAGGGCUUUAGCUUUCUGCCUCCUUCCUGAUUCUUGCCUGGUGGCUGCAGGGCUCUGAAACUGUGAAGCCUGCUGGGUUCUUCAGUCUCCCUAGAGAUCAUAGUAGACAUGGUCGGUCUGUUGCAUUCCCUAAACCUGCUUGCGGUCAAGAACAUGGCACUAGUGUGUUCUGUGCAACCGAAUAUAUGGGAUUCAGUGAAAAACAGGGCUCGAUUCCUAGCACUGAGUAACAACAGUAGUAGAACUUGUUCUCUGUUCCUAUUUCUGUCCAUCUAUAUAAUGUUACCAUUUCCACACUGACCUUGGUUUAUAGUGGUCAUUGCAAUGAAAUAUUACUCGUGAGAGUCUCUGAAGAAUUGUAGGGAUGGCUCAAGAGGGUAUACUGCUCUUGCAGAGGAUCUGAGGGUUCCCAGCACCCACAGUAGUUUUAUAACUGCCUGAGACUCUAGCUCCAGGGAUGUGCCGCCUCCCUUCUGGCCCUGUGGACACA